CAAAAUACAAACCAAAACAAAAUAGCGUGGCUCUUUUACAAUAUUUCGAGCUAAAACAUGCGAGAAAUAAAGUAAAUAAAAGACUAGUGAUAAGCGUGUAGAGCAGGAGUGGACGUGAACCCUUUAUUUUUUAAGUACAACAAGUGUUGCGACCAAUCACACCACAUAACCUCUUUAAAGUAACAAUAUUUAACAUAAUGCGCUACGCUCAGCUAGUCGUGGGCCCUGCAGGAAGUGGAAAGUCAACCUACUGCUCGACACUCGUGAAGCAUGCGAGUGACUCCGGGCGCGUCAUCGAGGUGGUGAACCUGGACCCGGCGGCCGAGCACUUCGACUACGAGCCGCUGGUGGACAUCCGCGAGCUCAUCCACCUCGACGACGCCAUGGAGGACGAGGAACUGCAGUUCGGACCCAACGGAGGACUGGUGUUCUGUGUUGAAACCCUACUAGAGAACAUAGACUGGCUGGAAGAGCAACUCGGGGACGUGGACGACGACUACAUCCUGUUCGACUGCCCAGGGCAGAUCGAGCUGUACACGCACCUGCCGGUCAUGAGGAAGCUGGUGGACCAGCUGCAGCACUGGAACUUCCGCAUCUGCGUGGUGUUCCUCGUGGACUCCCAGUUCAUGGUGGACGGGGCCAAGUUCAUGUCGGGGACGAUGGCGGCACUCAGUGUGAUGGUGAAUCUGGAGCUAUCACACGUUAACAUUCUCACUAAAAUGGACCUUCUCGGCAAAUCCGCGAGAAAACAGCUGGAUGAUUACUUGGAUCCAGACCCCCACAUCCUGCUAUCAGCAAUGAAAAACGGCAAUUCCAAAUUCCACCAGAAAUACGCCCGACUCACCGAAGCCAUCGGAGAAGUCAUAGACAACUUCAGUCUAGUGCGGUUCUACCCGCUCAACAUCAAGAAGGAUGAGAGCAUAGACAACAUUCUCAUAACCAUAGACAAUAUCAUACAGUACGGCGAAGACGCCGACGUCAAGGUCAAAGAUUUUGAUGAGCCUGAUGAUGAAGACUGUAAUAAUGAUUAAAUUAAGUACCUUACUGA